UAUUAAAAUCGAAAUAGAAUUUAGCAGUAUCUUUUUAUUAUCUGUAGGUGCAGUAAAAGGUUUAAGUAAAAUUUUAUUUAUUUUUGAUAUAUUUUUGUAAAAUAUAAUAUUCUACAAAAAAUAUUUUUUUGGAAUCAAUAAUAUAUUAUUAACAUACAAUAGUAAUAUAAGAUUCUAUAAAUUUUAAGAAAAUUAUUUCUUUUUUGACGAUUAAGCGAAUAUCGAACACAUCUUCUCUAGUAAUAAUAACAGAGGUCUUUGAAAAAAAUGUGACGUUUUUCAUUAUUUUAUUUUCAGAAAAAUAAAAAAUAAAUCAUAUUUUUUAAUUAUUUUACAUUAAUUUAAAAUAAAUUGAUAAUUAAAUUGUAAAAUAAUUUAUUAUGAUAAUUAGUAUUUUUUUCAAUCUUUUCAUUGUAAUAAAGUUGUUCAUAUUAUAGAGGUUAUAUUUACAUGUUUUACAUAUAUAAAUUCAUAUUACACAAAAAAUAUUAAAAUUUUCUUAAAAAUUAUUCUAAUCGAUAAUUAAAUCCAUAUUUAUAUUUUAUUAAAAAUGGAACAGGAUUUGAAAACAAAAAUCGAUCAAGCAUGCCGAACAGCCGAAGAAUUUACGAAGCUUUAUUAUGAAAGUUUAGAUAAACGUAGAUAUCUCAUAUCAAGAUUAUAUUUGGAUACUGCAACUUUAAUAUGGAAUGGAAAUGGUAUUGAAGGCAAAGAUAAUAUACAGAAAUUUUGGACAGAUUUGCCACCUUCAGAUCAUUCUGUUUUUACUUUAGAUGCUCAACCAAUAACAGGUCCUGAAGUGGCAGAUCAAUUGACAUUCCUUGUAAAAGUUGGAGGGCAAGUAAAAUAUGAUGAUAAAACAUCAAAAUCAUUUAACCAAAGCUUCUUAAUUGCAGCAAUGGGAGAUAAGUGGAAAAUUGUAAGCGAUUGUUUUCGAGUACAAGAAGCACUAGAAAAUGUAAAUUAAGAUAAUAUAAAAUUAUUUGUUUACAAAAUGUUUAAAAUGUUUAAAGAUCUUUUUGAUUCAAUAUUUCUUUUUAUUUCUAUCGUCGGUCUUAUAUCAAUGUAUAAAGCGAUAUUAAAAUUUUCGUAUUAGUGAAUCAGUACGUUGGUCGAUCAUUUAGGAAUAACUUUACACGAGAAGAAACUAAAAAUAAAUAUAGAUAUAAAUACUUAGACAUAAACAUUACUAUGAUACAUAUUGUAUAAAACAUCGAUUUUAUAUCUUUUGACGGCUCAUCAACUUAAAUAUUCAAUGAUUAAUAAGAUUCCAAGAAGUUCUAAAUAUAUAAUUUUUUAAGCAAAAUCAAUUUAUCAAUAUAUAGUUUAUAAUAUUUCUUAAGAUGGUCUAUAAAUAUUGUCUUUAAUUACUCAAAUUUAAAAAAAAUCACACAUAACAUUGUUUAUUUAUAUUUUAUUUCUUAUUAAUUAACAUAACUUGUGAUUAGAAUGAUUAGAAUGAUUGAAUAAACAAAAUUAUAUAAUUAAAAUGUAUUAAUGAUAUGAAAAUUUAUUCUGUAAUAGACAAAACGAUUCUUAUAAUACAUGAUUACAAUAAAAAUUAAAAAUUGCUUUAAAAUAUAUUUGAGCUUAAAAAUUAAAAAUUAUUAAAAAUAUAAAAUUUGAAUUAUUAAGUUAUGUGUGAUUUUUUUAUAUAAUUUUUUUAAAUAAAUAUGUAUUUACAAAUAACAUUUUAUUAUGUUUCGAUCUUAUAUUUUGUUUUAAUAAACUAAGAAUUGAUUUAAAUUCCAAUUAAAAAUUUAUACAUUUAAAACUUCUCAAACA